CUCAUUAUUCAUAAAUUCAAAAUAUUGAGUGUAUAUAUAUUUAAAAUGUGUUUUAUUCUAGUGAAUAAUCUUGAGGUGGUUAGCAAAUCUGAAAAGUUUCUGUUAAAUUUUAUGUAUUUUAAUCCCAUAAUUUCUAUAGUUAGUUAAAUAGAAGAACUGGGUGAGUAUCCUACACAUAAUUUGUCCUCAACAACACUUAAAUUUGACAUGAUGUCAUCUAGAGUGGUGUAGAGUUUGUUCUAUUGGGAGUAGAUAGCUGUAGGAUACACAUACUGUCUAUCCUAUUGCUAAUUAUCUUCUUUAAUUAAAUGAAGCUGAGGAUUAGAGUGGUAAAAAUGAAGGUCCUAUUUAAUGUAGAGAAUUAUAUAGGACCUAAUUAAUUAAUUUUUGUAGUUCUGAUGAUAAAAUUUUCAGAUGGCCUUCCCAUACAAAUGGCAUCCGACCGUACUCCCAACACAAAUUUUAAAAGUGGGGCAAUUGGCAAUUGUUGCAGUACCUGCCGAAUUUACUACAAUGGCUGGGAGAAGACUUAGAGAAGCAGUGGAAGAAGUUAUCAAUGAGACAGAAGAGGACAAUAAAACAAUAGCUGUUAUUGCAGGUCUGAGUAAUGCUUAUUCGUCCUAUGUAACUACGUACGAGGAGUAUCAGGUUCAGAGAUACGAGGGAGCAUCGACCCUGUAUGGACCUUACACUUUAGAUGCUUAUAUUCAGCAGUAUAAAAUGUUAGCUAACAAUAUGAUGCUAAGAAAUGAUUUAUCCGAAGGUCCAGAGACACCUAAUCUUCUUAGCAAACAGUUCAGUUUCAAUCGUAGAAUGUUGUUCAACAUUGCACCAUUUGGCAAGAAAUUUGGAGAUGUUCUAGAAGACGUCAAAGAAAAUUAUACGGUGGGUUCGACAGUGAAAGUCACCUUCGUUAGUGGUCACCCUAUUAAUAACAUGAAGUUGGAUGACACAUUUUUGACUGUAGAAAAAUGGAAAAAUGAUACUUCAGAAUGGGAAGUAGUGGCCACUGAUGCUAAUUGGGAAACAAAGUUCUACUGGAAAAAUUCGAAUAUAUGGCUUGGAAGUUUAGGCAAAGCGGAAAUAUUAUGGGACAUACCGGAAGAUACCGAACCAGGAAAAUACAGGAUACGCCAUUUUGGAACUAGUAGAAAUGUGUUACAAAGGAUAAAUUCCUUCGAGGGCAUUUCUAGUCCGUUUUUGGUUAUUAAUGAUUAAAAAAAUGAUAGUGGGAAAGGAGGAGAACGGGUUAGCAGUUAGUAGAAAUGUCUUGUUAAAAAAUAUUUUAAUUGAUUUAUCAUUUUAUGUGAUUUAAUAUUGUAUAUAAAUGGACGGUAAAAUUGUAUAUAGCAAAUUAAUAUUUAUUAUUCUGGAAUCAU